ACCAACUUUUCUCAAGGAUCUUUGCCGCCGCAGCACCGGCAUUAUUGGCGGCCAUCUUACUUUUUCAGAAGAUCUCUGCAUUCCUUGUGCGCCAAAGCCGGAUCAACUCCGAAGUAUUUGGCGUUUUCAUCCACACGAUUGAGGCAUGAGUGACAGAGAGCAUAGCCCAGCGAGGAGUGGAUCGUACAGAAGCGCAGACUUGGACAAGCACGUCGUGCACAGCCCCCACAGAGCCAGACUUAGCAGGUCGCCCAGUCCAGCCAGACUUGAAGUCCGACGCAACUCGUUCUCACGCUCCAGAAGCCCUUCUAAUAAGAGAAAGAUGUCCUUCCGCGGAGAGCGAAGUGACCGUGGCGAACGUGGUGAGAGGGGCAGGUACCGCUCGAGGAGCCGUUCCAGGUCUCCAAGGAGGGCCAGGGAGUACUCGAGGUCACGUUCUCGUUCCCGCAGCCGUAGGAGAGACAGGGAUGGCAUCAUGAGAAGCCACUCGAGGAGUCCCAUGUCCAACCGACGCAGACAUAUUGGAAACAGGGACCAGCCGAAUGAGAGUCGGUGUGUGGGAGUAUUUGGCCUGAGCAUUUACACCACCGAGCAUGAACUAUCAAGCAUCUUCAGCAAGUACGGCCCUGUUGAGAGGGUCCAAGUAGUGAUAGAUGCCAAGACUGGUCGAUCUCGUGGAUUUGCUUUUGUUUACUACACCAGCAAAGAGGACGCCAAAGUGGCCAAGGACAGGUGCUCAGGCAUGGAGAUUGACGGACGCAGAAUCCGUGUUGACUUCUCCAUCACCCAGAGGGCGCACACUCCCACCCCUGGCAUAUACAUGGGAAAACCAACGGAAGUCCACAGCCGAGGUAGAAGUCCGGAGAGAGAAAGAUGGGGAGGCAGUGGCAGACGCCCCAGGCACGAUGGCAACGAUGCCUAUGGAGGUGAGCGCUACCGUGAAAGAUACCGCCGCUCUCCGUCUCCGUACUAUUCUUCGCGCUCUCGCAAGGGCCGUUACGAGCGCUCUCGGUCCCGCUCCUACUCUCCCCGUCGUUAUUAAUCUGAUGCUGCAUCUCGAUGGUUCAUUGGAAGGGGACACGUUUAAAACAUCUCUCUCCUCCCGGGGGAAUUGAUUUUUCAUUUAAUCCUUAGGUGUCCGUAACUGGGACACGGGCGUUUGUGUGACAGAGAUUGCCCUCAGUACGCAUUAAGUUAAUGAUAUGUGUGCGCUUUCCCCCGCCUCCCUUUUAUAGUUUUUGUCUCACUUCGAGUAUCACUAGUGCAAAACGUUUCAACUCGACAUUUGUUUUCUUUGGAUUAAUCAUUAAUUGCAAUUUAGUUGACAUUGUUUUGAUCAAAGUCCCCAAACUAAACUCCCCGCCACAUCACUGUGUCACUUAUGUCUUCAUAUUAGAUGCUUCUCUUGGUUCUAACCUCAACUUUUUGUUUUCUCAUAAGGUAUUGAAAGCCGUGGUAAUGGAUGAAGUAAGAAUUAGCGGGGGGAAGAAAGAAAAUUGCAAGCCGGUAUUUCGCAAGUGUGGCUGCUUUCGAAAGAAUUAAGAGAGAAAAUGCAAGAGAAGGGAAUUCUCACGCAGCAAGCCCUUUGCUUAUUGUAGACACUGA